GUCAUUUGCCGGUAAUUGAAUUUGACCGAAAAGUGCUUCUUACAUCAAACGAGGAGGAUGUCACCGUGGUUUGAAGCGCUCUUUCAACAAUUACAAUGUGCGAGCACUUUGAACAUGAACCUUCUUAACGGUUUUUUUUUAUAUCCUCACCUGUUUGUUUGAGCCAGGCUUGUUGAGCACAGCUUGGCGAACGACGUCAUUUGAACUUGUUUUGGUGAUCAGUGAUCACGGACGGAUCAGAAACUCUUCGAGGAAGAUGUUGUCACGACUCUUGCCCCGCCCAUUGCGGACUGUUUCGGCUCUUAGAGCUCUAUCCACUGCUGCUCAACCCGCUCCCAUCGAGAAUCCAGAGGUCAAGCACACAAAGAUCUUCAUCAAUAAUGAAUGGCACAACUCCACCUCUGGGAAAACAUUCCAAACGAUUAAUCCGGCCAAUGAAGAAAUCAUCGCCGAAAUUCAAGAAGGUGAUAAGGCCGAUGUUGAGAAAGCGGUUCAAGCCGCACAGCAUGCUUUUAGGUUGGGUGCACCAUGGCGUCAAAUGGAUGCCAGUGACCGGGGUCGAUGCCUCUACAAACUGGCCGAUCUCAUGGAACGCGAUCAACAAUAUUUAGCCUCUUUGGAAACCUUGGAUAAUGGCAAGCCGUACUCCGCUUCGUUUAAUGCGGAUUUGGCAUUGGCUAUCAAGUGCUACCGUUAUUAUGCGGGAUGGGCGGAUAAGCACUACGGGCAAACCAUACCGAUCGAUGGCCCCUUCUUCUCUCAGACCCGACACGAACCCGUGGGAGUUUGUGGGCAAAUCAUUCCAUGGAACUUCCCAGUUCUAAUGCAAGCCUGGAAAUUAGGACCAGCUUUGGCCACGGGCAAUGUGGUCGUCAUGAAAUUGGCCGAGCAAACCCCUCUGACUGGUUUGUACAUUGCUGAAUUGACCAAAGAAGCUGGGUUUCCCCCGGGGGUGGUCAAUAUCAUUCCAGGGUUUGGACCAACAGCCGGAGCCGCCAUUGCCAACCAUCCUGGUGUGGAAAAAGUGGCAUUCACCGGUUCUACGGAAGUGGGAAAAAUCAUCCAGCGAGCAGCCGCCCAAAAUUUGAAGCGAGUGACCCUGGAAUUGGGUGGAAAAUCUCCCAAUAUCAUCUUGAAAGACGCUGAUUUGGACAAGGCCGUCGAGGUGGCUCACAGCGGUCUGUUCUUCAACAUGGGUCAAUGUUGUUGCGCUGGAUCCAGGGUCAUGGUAGAAGAGGCAAUUUAUGACGAGUUUGUGGAAAGAUCCGUGGAACGUGCCAAGAAACGAACCGUGGGUAAUCCAUUCCAAGAUGUGGAACAAGGUCCACAAGUAGAUAGGGCACAGUUUGACAAGAUUUUGGGGCUCAUCAAAGCGGGCGAGGUUGAAGGUGCCAAACUUGGGUUCGGAGGCAAACGAAUGGGUGAUAAAGGUUACUACAUCGAGCCCACCGUUUUCGCCGAUGUGUCGGAUGACAUGAGGAUUUGCCGUGAGGAGAUAUUUGGUCCCGUUUUGGCCAUCCAAAAAUUCAAGACCUUGGAAGAGGUGGCUGAGAGGGCCAAUAAUAGCCGAUACGGCCUAGCUGCCGGAAUCUUCACUCAAGACAUCGAAAAGGCCAAUUAUUUGUCUCAUGCCGUUCGAGGGGGGACUGUCUGGGUGAAUUGCUACAAUGUGUUUUCGUGCAUGACUCCCUUUGGCGGGUUCAAGGAAUCCGGAAGUGGCCGUGAACUGGGUUCAUACGGAUUGAAUGCCUACACAGAGGUUAAGACCAUUACUACAUAUAUCGGUGCCAAGAACAGCUAAUUUUAUAGAGUGUGAUUGAUCCGUUCUAACUUAUGAAAAUAAAGUGAUUGGUGACGGUUCCAUUUUA